UAAACUGUGUAUUUUUUCCUCAAGGGAGGUAAUGAGCCAUCCCACGAUCGUGUUCCGUACGAAGGAGAAGGUUGGACGGAUUGUGGACAUUCUGAAGAAGGAGGCACACAAUGGCUUCCCGGUCGUUGAGGAUUAUGACCCCAGCAGUGAUGUAGAAUAUACAUCUGAGGAAGAAGUGCAGACAUUUGGAAGAUACCAGGGUGUUAUACUUAGAUCUCAGCUAAUUGUUCUUUUAAAACUGAAAAUUUUCCAAGAAAAUACGGAUAUAAAAAGAAAAAUGGACCAAUUAAAGUCCUCUGAUUUCAGAGACGCAUACCCUCGAUUUCCACCAAUACAGCAAAUCCACAUUUCGCCCCAUGAGAGAGACUUUACCAUAGAUCUAGUUCCCUUCAUGAAUCCGGCGAGCCAUACCAUACGAGAUUGUGCGUCCCUUCCCGGAAUCUUCCGACUGUUCAGGGCUCUCGGUCUUCGGCAUGUAGUCGUCAUCAAUGAUAAAAACAUGGUUUUAGGUAUGGUUACACGUAAAGAUUUGGCGCGAUACAAGGUCAAGGUCGAUUUACUACGGGGCAAAAUUGAUAUCCAUGAAAUUAACGUCUCUGCGCAAUGAGCUACCAGACCUUCAAAAGAAGAAAACAUUCCACACAGAAGGAACAAAAUACUCAAGACAAUAUUCCUCAACUAGGUUAAGGAAUGUACAUCUCCGCCUUGCA